AUGCAGUUGCACUCCAUUGCUGCCCUGGCAGCACUCCUAUUUGCACGCGAUGGCGUCCAUGCACAGGAAAUGAUGCGCUUUUCGUGUUCGAAGUUGACGAUCGAGCGACUAGAUCCGUUGGUAUCUCCGGGUAUGGAGCAAUCGCCGCACAUGCACCAAGUUGGUGGUGGUAAUUCCUUCAGAUCGACCAUGCCGCCCGUGGACUUCGAUCCUGUCAAAGAAUCGACAUGCACCUCGUGUAGUUUCUCGGAGGAUUUUUCGAACUAUUGGACUGCGAACCUAUUCUUCAAGGCUCGAAAUGGGACGCUGAAGCGUGUACCUCAACUAGUCAAUAUGGGAUUGAAGGCGGAUGGUGGUUUGACGGUGUAUUAUAUCCCGCCGUAUGACGGAAAGACUAACGUUACGGCGUUUAAGCCCGGAUUCCGCAUGCUGGUCGGCGAUUCGAUGCUAAGAAAAGCCGAAGGCCAACAGAAGCAACUAUGCCACAGAUGCUUUGAUACGAUAAACCAGGUCCCAUUCCAAGGUGCGCCGUGUACAGGCGAAGAUACGGCGUCUCUUCCUCCCAAGAUGUGUGGCGGCGGCAUCCGAACGACAAUUACCUUCCCAACUUGCUGGGAUGGUGUCAAUGUCGAUACUCCUGACCAUAAAGCCCAUGUCGCAUACCCCGAGAGUGGUUCGUUUGAAUCUACUGGUCCUUGCCCGGCUAGCCACCCGGUUAGGUUGCCUCAACUUAUGUACGAAGUUAUUUGGGAUACUCGAUGGUUCAACGACCCUGAUCUAUGGCCCGAAGACGGGUCGCAACCGUUCGUAUACAGUAUGGGUGAUGGCACUGGGUACGGGCAGCAUGGUGAUUACCUCUUCGGCUGGAAAGGUGACGCGCUGCAAAGAGCUUUGAAUGCGCGCUGUGGCAAUGAUAAGUGUUCAGAGCUCAAGUCGCAAACUGCGGAAGAAGCGACGGCAUGUACGAUCGAUCAGACUAUUCCAGAGAAAUAUGACGGAUGGCUUUCGCAACUCCCUGGUAACUGGACCAUAACUUACAACUAA